ACCUUACCAGGAGAAGACCCAGACGACAUGUGCUGAUCAUGUUACUUCUACGUUCUUUAGAUGCGGCUUUCUACAGAAAUUUACGGAUCUUGACCGGCCAUUGUACUGGCGAUCUGUGUGCUAGGCCCCCGUUCCGUGGAGCAACCCAAGCGGACGGGCUCUCAGACUCUUCAUCCAAUGACGAUGGCAAGUGGUCCCGAGGAGUGCGUUCAUCAUGCACUGUAGGAGACGAAGACAGACGGCGCGUUGAGUUUCAAACAUGCGGGUAGCAGCCUUGGUAUCUGCAUGUACCCAAGCGAUAUGUGACAGGUCGUUUGCCGGCUGAUCGCUGAAUUGAUUAUUCUAGCUCGCUCCUCGCAGCAGUGACUAUCCUCAGCUCUUCCUCUCUAGACUGACUUCGCUGUUGGUACGCACGACUCCUCCGCUCUCGCCAUGGCUCCUACACCAUCAACGGAGAACAUCGCCCGCGCCAUGGGCAGCGGACCAAAAGCCAUGGCUAUCGUCUGGACUUCGCCCCACCACCAGGAGACCAUGUACUGCAUAACCACGCCCUCGCCUAAACUCACUUGGCACGAUCUCCCUCUGCUGUCCAAGCUCGGCGUCAACGACAUCCAAUACGCCAAGCCAGACCCAAACGACAAAAAGGGGAUGCCAGACAUGUUCGACACCCGUAACAGAACGCUGGAGCUCUUCACCUCGAACUGCGACCCUGCACCUGACUCUUGCGGUCUCACGACGUACCUUCCUGCUGCGCAAGGGCAGGUCCUCUUCCGCCGCGCCAACGAUCCAAAUUCCUUUGAGGGCGUCGGCAAGAGCACCCUCGAGCCGAUCGAGCUAUUUAUUGAAGAUCGUCUGCGUGCUAUCCAGGCUACUAUCCCAGACCACUGUGCCGUUCUGCAAGAGGUGAAGGAUGCUCGUGAUGGCUUCCUUGCUCGCGGCGAGGUCUGGUCAAGUGCUUGGGAAGAGAACCAGGAAGGCGAUGAUGGAGUGGUGCUGUGGUUCAUCUAA